AUGGAGUCCCAGGACGAGUCGGACGGCCCCGGGGUUAAUCGAGGCUUCAUCUGCGCCUCUUUCAACCAGGACACCACCUCUCUAUCUGUGGGCACUAAAACCGGCUACCGGCUCUUCUCCGUCACAGCUGUUGACAAACUGGACUGCAUCCAUGAGGGAGUUGAAUGUCCAGACGUUUAUAUAGUGGAGCGGCUGUUCUCCAGCAGCCUGGUGGUUGUGGUCAGUCUGUCCAUGCCUCGCCGGAUGAAUGUCUACCACUUUAAGAAGGGUACCGAAAUUUGUAACUACAGCUACUCCAACAAUAUCCUCUCCGUGCGGCUCAACAGACAGCGUCUUGUUGUGUGUCUGGAAGAGUCGAUCUACAUCCACAAUAUCAGAGACAUGAAACUCCUCAAGACCCUGCUCAACACACCCAUCAACCCAUCAGGUCUGUGUGCACUCUCCAUUAACCACAGCAACUCCUACCUGGCGUUUCCGGGCAGCGCCACUAUUGGGGAGAUCACGGUGUACGACGCCAACAGCCUGAGCACCGUGACUCUGGUCCAGGCCCACGACAGCCCCCUGGCUGCCCUCACCUUCAACGCCGCCGGCACAAAACUGGCCAGCGCGUCAGAAAAGGGUACUGUUAUCAGAGUUUUCAGUGUUCCUGAGGGUCAGAGGCUGUUUGAAUUCCGGCGAGGGAUGAAGAGGUAUGUCAGCAUCAGUUCGCUGUCCUUCAGCGCAGAUACUCAGUUCCUGUGCGCCUCCAGCAACACGGAGACGGUACAUAUUUUCAAACUGGAGCAACACAGCCCCAGUCAAGAGGAGGAGUCUCCCACAUGGUCGGCGUAUGUGGGCAAAAUGUUCACCGCGGCCAGCACCUACUUGCCUGCCCACGUGUCCGACAUGAUGCACCAGGACAGGGCCUUCGCCACCGUGCGACUCAACAUGUUUGGCCUGAAGAACAUCUGCGCCCUGGCCACCAUCCAGAAGCUUCCCCGCCUGCUCGUGGCCUCCUCAGAUGGCUAUCUUUACAUCUACAACGUGGAUCCGCAGGACGGAGGCGAGUGCGUCCUUAUUCAAAAACAGAGACUCUUUGAGUCCAGCGAGGAUCAGGAGGAAGAGAAGGAAGAAGAGAAUCCAGAGGAUGUCCCUCCACUGCCAGCCAGCCAAUCAUACGCUGCCACUGUGGCUCUCCCUUCAACCCAGCCCUCCUCCACAACUCUCAUGGGCUACUCUGAGGAGGGUGGAGCCCAGAGGGGAGAAGUCAUCCCUGAGCAUGAAUUUGCAGAGGGCCCUGUUUGUCUGGAUGAUGAGAAUGAGUUUCCUCCAUUUGGCAACCAGAGCAACUAA